AUGCCUCGUCCUAUGCCUCGUCUAUUUGUUAUUCGCCACGGUGAGACUGAGUGGUCUUUGAAUGGGAGACAUACUGGCCGUACCGAUAUCCCCCUUACUGCCAGAGGAGAACAACAAGUCAAAGAGAAGGCAACCAUCCUUAUCGGCGAAGGCAGACCUAUCGAUCCCAAGAAUCUUUGCACUGUCUUCGUAUCUCCUCGUCAGCGUGCUCACAAGACUUUCCACCUUCUUUUUGGUCACGUCGAGACUCCGAAUCAUAUUUUGACGGAGGAAGCUCGGGAAUGGGACUAUGGAGAGUACGAAGGGUUGUUGUCAUCGGAAAUCAAAGAAAAGCGCCCCCACUGGAAUAUCUGGCUAGAUGGAUGUCCUGGAGGCGAGUCGGUUGAACAGAUGGAAAAUCGCGUGGACCGCAUUAUAGACAGUGUUCGCAAAUAUCAUAGAGAGUACCACGAAGAGGGCUUGAACACGCGAGACGUGGUGAUCGUUGCUCAUGGACAUUUUUCUCGUGUUCUGAUCUCAAGAUGGAUCCAGUUCCCACUUAAGCUCGGUACACAUUUCAAUGUGGAACCUGGAGGAGUCGCCGUUUUGAGCUACAACCAUAACACACUCGCAGAGCCCGCAUUGAACGCUCUCAAUCUUUAUGCUGACCUGAGAUGA